CUUGUUUAAAGGCGACCAGCGCACGCCGUGGACCCUCACUUCCUGGUCGAAGAUGGCGGAUGAGAAUGAGACAGCACCGAUCCCGGAGAAAGAAGAUGUAGAGGACCACGGACACUGUAGCGACUGUGAAAAUGAAGAGCACCACUUGGACGACGGUGACCGGGCUGAUGACACUGGUGCCAAGAAGAAGAAAAAGAAACAGAAAAAGAAGAAGAAAGCUGGUGCCACAGAAGUAGCUCCAGAUCCUCUUGCCAAGGUGAAUUCACUGCCAGCUGAUAAGCUACAGGAGAUUCAAAAGGCCAUCGAACUGUUUUCCGUUGGCCAAGGUCCAGCCAAAACCAUGGAGGAGGCCAGUCGGAGGAGUUAUCAGUUUUGGGACACGCAACCUGUUCCCAAGCUUGGGGAGACUGUAACAUCACACGGCUCUAUCGAACCUGAUAAAGACCACAUUAGAGAAGAGCCGUACAGCCUCCCUCAGGGCUUCAGCUGGGACACCCUCGACCUGGGGAACCCUGCUGUGCUUAAGGAGCUCUACACCCUCCUCAACGAGAACUACGUGGAAGACGAUGACAACAUGUUCAGAUUUGACUACUCCCCUGAGUUCUUGCUCUGGGCCUUACGACCUCCAGGUUGGCUGCCUCAGUGGCAUUGUGGAGUUCGAGUGAACUCCAAUCAGAAGCUGGUUGGAUUUAUCAGUGCGAUUCCAGCCACCAUCCGCAUAUAUGACAUAGAAAAGAAAAUGGUAGAGAUCAAUUUCUUGUGCGUCCACAAGAAACUGCGAGCUAAACGGGUCGCUCCAGUUCUGAUCCGAGAGAUCACCAGACGGGUCAACCUUCAGGGUAUUUUCCAGGCGGUGUACACUGCCGGAGUGGUACUGCCCAAACCUGUGGGAACUUGCAGGUACUGGCAUCGCUCUUUGAACCCCAGAAAACUAAUCGAAGUGAAGUUCUCCCAUCUGAGCAGGAACAUGACUAUGCAGCGCACCAUGAAGUUGUACCGUUUGCCUGAGUCCCCAAAGACUUCUGGUCUGCGACCAAUGACCAAGAAGGAUGUGCCAGUGGUGCAUCGCCUCCUCCGAGAAUACCUUAGCCAGUUCAACCUGGUUCCUGCCAUGAACGAGGAGGAGGUGGAGCACUGGUUGCUCCCGCAGGAGACCAUUAUUGACACAUAUGUGGUGGAGAACGAAGGCAAAGUGACAGAUUUCCUGAGUUUCUACACACUGCCUUCCACCAUAAUGAAUCACCCUGUACAUCGCAGUCUUAAAGCAGCGUACUCCUUCUACAAUGUGCACACCAGCACACCACUGCUGGACCUGAUGUCUGAUGCUCUCAUUCUGGCGAAAUCGAAAGGCUUCGAUGUCUUUAAUGCACUGGAUCUAAUGGAAAACAAGACUUUCUUGGAGAAGCUUAAGUUUGGCAUUGGGGAUGGGAAUCUACAGUAUUAUCUGUACAAUUGGAAGUGUCCCAGCAUGGGAGCAGAAAAGGUUGGAUUGGUUCUGCAGUGACAUCCUUUUACAGUAUAAGCACGCGUCACCAAUGGGCCUGAAGACCGCACCAUGGACUGAUGACUUCAUGCUUUCAGAAAAGAAAACACACCACCCAUUUUUACUUUCUGACCUUUUGAACUUUGACCUGCACUACUGCUGCCUGGUGUAUGGGGGCUGGGAGAGCCCUCAGGUCUUCCCCCUCCCUCAACCACAUGGACCUUAAGCCAUUGUAGUUUAUCAUUGCAAACAACUGUAUUUCCUCUGAAAGCUGUCUUAAAUUGUACCAAAACACACACACACACACACACACACACCCUCUGAUUUCAUGGGUUACUGGCUACUACUAUCUGUGAAUCCUACAGUACUUGUACAUAUAUGUCAGACAUAACUACAGUUAAUGGCUUAACACAUGCAGAGUAGAAUCUACUGUUUGGUUUUAUCUUUAAAUAUUGGAAGUGGUUUUUGCAACUAAAAUAAAAGUAAUUCUUAAGUUUUAGAAAUAAAAAAACAAAAUGGGUGAAAGAGAUUUUAAAAAGGAGGCUCAAAAAGAUGUGGUUAAUAAAUACCAAAAACAAACUUAAGAUAAGGGCUUCCGGUUAGAUCUUUGCUGUUGUUCUUGACCCUUUUUUGUUUUUAAUGUUUCCCGGCAGCCAUUAAGGUUGCUCAGCACUGCUUGAAUUAAACCCAGAGCUGGCUUUCAUCUUCUGGAGCUCCACUCAUUCAUAUCAAUGUUUCAGGACCAUCCCUCUUGAAUUCACUGUACUAAUAAAAGAAACCCAGAUCCAUAUUGAUCAGGCUGGACUGCUACAAAGGGGCUGAAGGCAUUCUGAUGGGGUGGUUGUGCUGCAUGCUUAUCACCAGAGAUCAGAUUUGUAAUGCUGUCUUUUAAUUUAAAUGUGUCCCCAGUUGAAAACUGUUCCCCCUUGUGGUCCCACAGACUCCUUAAAUUACAUUUCCUAAACAUCUGUGAGGUUUCAAGGCAAGAAGAGAAAUCUAAAUUACUUUUCCAGCCUGGAAUGCAAGUAGCCGUUAUGGGAAAGUCCAAGAAUUAAGUUGAGAUGUAUUACUUCAAUAAAGACUUAAAUUAUUGAAAUGUAAACAAACCAAACAUGGAGUUUUAGUGUGCUGGAUUUUCCUGGCUGGACUGAUAAUUGUGCCAGUUAACUUCAUGAUAAGGUCAAGACAACACACUAAUAUUACUACACAGCAUGAAAUUUUUCAACAUAUCCUGCAUAUCGACUAUUUGGCUUCUGUCAAACUGGGUGAGGUUUUAUAUGAUUGAGCAAUGGAAUGAUGGAGUCACAAUUUGGAGAGGAGCAGGGUUGAUGACUGGGGAAAUGCUUCUAAGAAAUUUUUUCUUAUGUAAAACUUGGUUUUUCCAAAAAAAAAAAAAAAAAUCUAAAAAGUUGAUUUUGCUGUGAUGUGGUGCAGGAAAUGAAUGUGAAGAUGCCAGUGAGGUUUUUUUUGUUCUGGAGCAGAAAAUAAAUAACUUGUAGAAGUUGA